AUGGAGACCGGUGAUGGGAUAGUAAGAAGAAAGUUAAAUUUUAAUGACAAAUCUUUCGCUUUAAAGUCGUUUUAUGUGGAUAUUAGAAGUGUUUCAGUGAGAAAUAGAGUAACAAAGUAUAUCCAUGACCUCGGAGGAAGGGUAGAAACAUUUUUGAGCAAAGAUAUUCACGUUUUUGUCACAGAUACAAAACCUACGAAAAGGCAAAAUCGUGUACUACAACUUAACAACCAAAGUAUCAAUGAUGGAAGCUCCUAUGCUGAAUAUUCUUCGACUGGCGGAGGAUGCUUACCACUUAGUCGGGGAAAGGCUCUGUUACUCAAGGCUAGAGGAAAUGGAACUAGUGACAAUUCCAGUGCAAUAGACAGAGGACUCAGUAGUAAUGUUAUGAUACAAAAGGCUACAGAUUUAGGACUUAAAAUCGACCAUGCACAUGUAUUUUUAAAGAAAUGCAAAUUGCUAUCCGGCUCAGUGAAAGUGAACAAAUGUAAAUCGGAUACUUUGGUGGAUAUUGUGCCUUUAAAAUGGGACAAUGAAAGUUUUGUGAUAAAAAUAGAAGACGAGUCGAAUUUGUAUAAACCAUUACAUAAGCAAUUUGAUAAAUUACCUAUGGUUUAUGUUGACAAUGGGGGUGGGUCUCCCUUUGACGGACCAGUGGUAUUAGAAAGGCCAGAAAGUGUUAAGAGCAUAAAAGCGGCUAAAUCGACUAAAUUUUAUACUGCCAAAGGCGGUUAUUGUGAAAUGUGUGAUUAUUAUUUUAAAGGGUCAUUAAGGGAACAUUUAUUAAGUGAGAAGCAUAAAUCCUUUGUGAGUGAUGAAUCUAAUUUUACCGGUGUCGAAAAUGUGGUCAAUAAACUCCCGAAUUUGAGCAAAUUUUUAACAAAAUUUUGUUUAUCAAUGCCAACACUGCCAAAUGAAAAGCAUGUUGAAAGUGAAGAAACUGUGUAUGAACAUCCACCCGACCUUUGCAGCUUCGAAGAUAUCAACAAGAAUAAAAACCUAGAAAAAACAAGCAGUGAAAUAUUAGCAGACGUAAACAAGCCUUGUGAUGUAGAAGAUAUUUCCAUGGGGCACACUGAGAAAGAUUUUACAUCAAGUGAUACUAUAAUUUACGAAUACCAGGAACGGUUGAAGGGAGGCAACUCCAUUGAAAGAGAAAAUCAGACAAACGUUGAUAAUGUUCAGUACGCCGUUGUAUCGACAUUGCAUAGGCCUAUGUUUAGUGAUGAUUCCGUUCCAGAUUCACAAACUGACGUUUUGAAAAAUAUGAUUAACAAUUGGUCUUUAAAAGACGAUGGAAGCGAAGUGAAAUCCACUAUGCUUUGUAGCACACCAAAUGUCCUAGAUCCUCCAUUGGCAAGAGUGGUUCCUGGUUUGCCAAAACCAGUUGGUGUGGCACCGAUUUAUUCUGAUUCUGAACCUGAUAUUGGAAUGUCUUUUAGUACACCCACAGCAGACAAUAGAUCCCUUUUGGGUGAUAUUAUGUCGUCUCUAAAAAAUAUGAACGAACCUAUUAUUUUGGACAGAAAUGUCGAAGAAGCGUCGAAGGAUGACAGACUAAAACCUGUAAAAAGAAAACAUUCGGACGUGGAAGAAGAUUGUGUUUAUUAUUCUGAAAAGACAGACGAGACAAAUCUUAAAAUCAAAUUGUGUAAACUAACACCUGCUAGUCAAAAAACGAACCUUAAAAUGUUUUGGAAAGUGAGGAAAACCGGUGACUGUCGUUUAGUGUUCAGUGCUGAAAAACUGAAAAAGCCAUUACGCGACUGCAAUAGUGACAAUACGAACAGAGAUAAUCCUUCCAGAAAAAGACAAAGAACGUUACAAUUUUAA